AUAUUUUAGCAUGCGGAUAAAGGAGGUUGUAAGAACCAGCAAUCUUUCAUGGAGUCCUGGACAGGUUCAUCCUUUGUAUAUUGCUGCUGGGACAAGCGCAAAGCAGCUUGAUGCAUCCUUCAGUUCAUCGUCAGUGUUAGAGAUCCUUGAGGUUGAAACUGCUUCCAAAGGAUGGGACAUGCCAGUUAGAGGGACUCUGUCUGUUGCCUCCAGGUUUAAUGUUAUUGAGUGGGGAAGUGUCGAGAGGGAGAUGGGUUUGAUAGCUGGUGGUGGCGACAAUGGAGUUAUUUCUCUCUGGGACCCCGUUAAAAUUCUAAGUGGAGAAGAAGAUGCCUUGGAAUGUGAGCUCCCAAAACAUUGUGGUCCUGUACGCUCAAUGGAUUUCAAUCCUGCCAAGAAAUGUUUGUUGGCAUCUGGAGCUAGUGCUAGUGAGAUUCAUAUUGUUGACAUCAACAAACCUGAUGUUCUCAUGACACCUGGCCCAAAAGCACAGCCAGAAGAUGAUGUGGUAGCUCUAGCAUGGAACCAGCAAGUGGAGCACAUCCUAGCAUCUGCACACCCCAACUCAGCGCGCUCCAUUGUAUGGGACCUCAGGAAGAACGAGCCUAUAAUCCAAGUAACUGAUGCCUCAAACCGUGUGAGAUGCAGCUGCAUUGCCUGGCACCCUGACGUAGCCACACAACUCCUAACUUGUUCAGACGAGGACAGAUAUCCUGUUAUUCAGAUGUGGGAUCUCAGAUUCGCUUCUGCUCCUACUAUGGUAUUUGAAGGACAUGGUCGAGGUAUCCAGACAUUGGCUUGGUGUGGAUGUGACAGCAGUAUGUUACUUUCCAGCAGUAGAGAUGAUCACAUGAUCUGUUGGAAUCCUAACAAUACUAGUGUUCCUGGAGGAGAGAAACUGGUAGAGUUCAAUGCUCCAAGUCAGUGGACGUUUGAUAUGGGCUGGUGUGAAAGAAACCCUUAUCUUGUUGCUUCCUCUGCGUUCUCUGGUAAACUUUCCGUGUUUUCUCUCUUUGGAGGACAAGAGGACAUUCCUGAACAACCACAACGUGUGCGAGUUAGCAGUGACCCAUUUGCCCCUGGUCCACCCCCACCGUCUCUGCCAAUGCACAUUCCACUCCUUUCUCAGGCGCCCAAGUGGCUGAUGAAACCUUGUGGUGGCUCGUUCGGUUUCGGUGGAAAACUCAUCUCUUUUGACUCCAACUCUAAUGAGAUAACAGUGAUGCAAGUUACAACGGAAUCAGAGUUGCUAGAAAGAUCCGAGAAGUUAGAACAAGCUCUGCAGGAGAAUACACUGCUUCAGUUCUGUAGUGAGAAAGCUGACGCUACUAACGAUACAAAUGAUAAACAGAUAUGGAGCUUUUUGAAGUCUACAUUUGACGGUAAGCCGAGACAGCGAUAUCUAGAACUUCUUGGUUACAAAGCUGGAGACUUGAAGGAAAUGGUAGAAAACUUAGCUGAGAGCGCUCCCACCUUAUCAGAAAGUGUUGGUGAACUAACACUUGACAGUGACACCGCUAUCAUCAACAAGAGCGAUGCUGAAUCUAGUUCCAGUUCCGAGAAGGAUUCAGACAAAGAAGAAGUAUCUUCUGAAACUGAAGAUGAUGUUGUUAAGGUGACGGCGCCGAAACCGUUAGUAAUAGACACCAGCAUUGGAGUUGACGGUCUCAUCUGCCGUGCAAUGCUUCUAGGUCAGUUUGAAGUGGUGGUAGAUCUGUGCCUGAAAGCUGGUAGGAUGGCUGAUGCUCUGGCUGUGGCUAUGGCUGGGGGGAGAGAGUUGUUCCAGAAAACUCAACAGGAAUACUUCAGACAAGCAACUUCGCCUUCCGCAGCUCUGCUCUCAUGCAUCAUCUCUCAACGUUGGGCUAACCUGGUAGAGACGGUAGAGUUGUCGAACUGGAAAGAAGCGCUGGCUAUCCUCCUCUCUUACGCUAAACCAACCGAGUUCAAUGGUCUUUGUGAUACACUUGCUGACAGAUUGAGUGCAGAUCCCAACUACACUUUGGAAGCUACGUUGUGUUAUAUUUGUAGUGGAAAUGUGGCGGAACUGUUGGAAUGUUGGCAGAGCGCCAAUUCUGAUGAUACUUCCAGCCCUCUUCAACUUCAGGAGUUGAUAGAGAAAGUGAUGUGUCUCCAGAGCACUAACAGCACUAACAGACCCCUGGAGGGGGAGAGGGUUGUAGCUAACCUCCUCAAGUACUCCCAACUUCUAGCUGAACAGGGCAAACUGUCCAAUGCUCUCACUUACAUCAGCGCUACCCCCACUGAUGCAGCUGCAGAGUUCAAGUACAAGUUACAUAUGGCUAUAAACGACCCCUCCCUACCCCGGCCCCCUGUACCCUACACUCGGGCCAGACUACCUUCUGCCGCCUCUAGUGUCACACCCAGUUCUCCAGCAGCCAGCACAUACACCGGUUACUCACACUCCACAUAUAACCCCUCGUCCUACGCGCCAACUAGCUAUGCUCCUAGCUCUGUAGGAGGCCCUCCUAGCUCUGUUGGAGCUCCUCCUAGCUCUGUUGGAGCUCCUCCUAGCUCUUAUACUCCUGCUGCUAGCAUCGUGUCUGGUAACUCCUCCUUCGCUCCUCCGGCCAAGAUCGCAUACCAACCUCCGACCUACAAAGCCCCAGAGCCGCAAGCUCCUACCCCAGCCCCUGCUCCAGAUCCAGCUCCUGGUCCCCCUACCCAGCCUCCAUUCUCCCAACCUCCUCCAGGCAGCUUCUCCCAACCCCCUCCGGGCAGCCUCUCCCAACCCCCUCCGGGCAGCCUCUCCCAACCCCCUCCAGGCAGUUUCUCCCAACCCCCUCCAGGCAGUUUCUCCCAACCCCCGGCCCCACCAACUAGUUAUGCGCAACCUCCGACCAGUUACACUCCCCCUGCGCCAGGAUCAUACACUGGUUCCUCCGUAUCUACAUUUACUCCGUACAUACCUGCCCCGGGAACUGAACCUUCUCCUCCUCCUGCUAAGCUUGCAGCGAGACCUAAGAGUGCAUGGAACGAUCCUCCGAUGUUAAAAAAGAAGACCGCAUCCAAUGCUCCUGUAGCUACUCAAAAGAUAACAACGCCGGUGGUCGGUCCUGUCAAAACAGUGGACCUGGAUCCUAAUUCUGCAGCGAACUAUGCCGGACAACCGCAGCCUGGCCCUGGAGCGUACAAUGCACCCCAGCCUGUCCAGCAGCCUUACAAUCCUAACAGUUACGCUGCAGCUCCGCCAGAGCCAGCCCCUGCACCGGCUCCAGUCGAAAAACCCUCAGUUCCUGAUCAUUACCUCCCGAUGUUAAAUGCUCUCGAAUCUGCUACCAACGAUUGUAAAAACGUCUCGCAAAACCCUACGCACCGUAGAAAAUUGGAAGAAGUAACAGCGAAGCUAGAAGCGCUGAAGGAUAGGCUGAGAUACGACUGUGUUUCUGGUGCAGUAGUGGAGAAUCUCAACAACAUUGCUAGUGCUAUAAGUGUGAAAGAUUACAACCAAGCGCUGUACAUCCACUCCCAUGUUGCACAAACUGCAAACUUCAGCGAGGUUGGCUCAUUCUUACCCGGCAUCAAAGUACUGCUUCAGAUUGGGGCUCAGUUGCACACAGUACACCACUACUAAAACCUGAGCUUGUCACUUGGGCUGUUCUUAACAAUCUCACGAGCGGUCCUCUGUAUUGUAGUGUUUUAAUAACUUUUUCUAGCUGGUUUAGUGUAUAAUGUUAGAUCUAAUAAUUUUUAUAAACACAGAACGAAUUUCUGAUAUCUAUAAAAUUUUACAGUUGACUUGUUAAAAUUGCACCGUCAUGAUGAUAUGUAGCUAAUAAUGAAUCAAUUUUAACUGAAUAUUAUGCAAUUUGAACGAAUGUGUGUUACAUUAUCUUUGAAAUGUACAUUUUUGACUAAUGAGCAAUAAAGUAAGUAAGUUUACAGUAAUAUGUACUAUGUUUUACGGUUAUGUACAAUGUUUGCAGUAAUGUACAAAGUUUCGGUAACUCGCGAUGUGCAGAAUUGUACAGUUGUGUAGCGAAUGAAAUACAUUGCAGCGCUUUCUGCAGAAUUUAGAUUCAGUAUAUGCCGAUGUGAUUUAUAUAAAGUGCUAAUUGUGAUACGAAAAGCGGUUUAACUCAUUUUUCAGUAUAA